CACUUUCUCCGGACCGUGCGCGUUCACGCGUGUGACGGGCCGUAUGCGGGAGGAAAUCUGUCUGUCGCCGUCAACCAUCGCAAUUUAUUAAUGCAAAUAGACUUCAGGGAAGUCAAGACAAACAGGUUGAGCUUGUCACAGGUGUCUUUCAACCAACCAAAUACGUUACUGCAGCAAGAAAAACACACGGAAGUAGAUGUGUUGCCUAAAUCUUAAGCUUAAAUCACUUUUUAAGGAGGAUUAUUGCUCUUUAUUGAAGUGGCUUCAUUUCUAUGGUUUGUCCCAUUCACUUGCUAACACGUAAACAUGAAUCAUAUGAAGUUAAUGAAAUUGAUCGUCGCCUGCUUGGUGGUUGUUGCCAUGGUGAAAUUUUUCUUUAGCCCCAGCGGAAACAAUGAGAAGUAUGAAACAAACAGCCAAAUCAUACAAGGUGGGAAUUUCUGGGCUCGUCAGCAUAAUCCUCAGGUGAAACUGCCUGAAAGUCAGGAUGCUCCUGUCAUCAUAGACCCAAUCCCAGAAAGCCGUAAUGUCCAGAUCAAGGAAGAGUUACCAUUCAUACGGAGUACAGCUUAUAAAGUGAGAGAAAUACAAAAGAUUAUACAUUUGGAUCUGAAGGGCGCCCCACCCAAAGUCAAGUAUUUUGAAGAGAUAUUCCCUUUAUUCUCAUCUCUGGGUGCUACUGGAAUAUUGCUGGAGUAUGAGGACAUGUUUCCCUACGAGGGGGAACUCGAAAUUCUAAGAUCAAAAUUUGCAUACAGUGUGGAAGAUAUAGAGCAAAUAAAGUCUCUGGCCAAACGCAAUCAGCUUGAAAUCAUUCCACUGGUGCAGGUUUUUGGACACUUGGAGUUUGUGUUAAAACACGAAAAGUUUUUCCACUUGAGAGAGGUGGCAUCCUUUCCCAAUAGCCUAAACUCUCUUGCUCCAGGAGGCAUGGAGCUUGUUAAAGAAAUGUUAUCGCAGGUUAUGCGGAAGCACCGGGAAGCUCGAUGGUUUCACAUCGGUGCCGAUGAAGUACGUGGCCUGGGUGACAGUGAGGACUCGAAACGCUGGUUGGAAGUCAAUCAUGGAGACAAGGGGAAGCUGUUUCUCAAUCACGUGACCGCAGUGGGGCGUUUCAUGGUGGCACAGCAACCACAAAUCAGGCUUAUCUUGUGGGAUGACAUGUUUAGGAAACUCAGCCCUGAAUCCAUAAAAGAGUCCGAUUUACACAACCUUGCUUCCCCCAUGAUAUGGAACUAUGACUCAAAAAUGGACGUGCGUGAGAUAGGUAACCUUAUCUUUAAAUAUGAGCUAGCUGAAUUUCAGACUGUGUGGUUUGCUAGCGCAUUUAAAGGAGCUUCUGGGGUUGAUCAGAUUAUGACUCCGAUCAAUCAUCAUUUACAAAAUCAUCUAAGGUGGCAAAACGUCAUUGAAUCAAUGGCAGAGCAUAAGUCUUUGCAUUUCCAGGGCAUUGCGUUGACCGGCUGGCAGAGGUACGAGCAUCACACUGUGUUGUGUGAACUUUUGCCAGUUGGCAUACCAUCUCUCGCUGUUUGUCUUCAGGCACUGAAACACGGUGCUUUUAAUGAUGUGGCACAGAAGGAGGUGCAGCACAUGCUGGGCUGUGAAGUUGAGCUGAGCAAAAACGAAUGUAAGGGUCCAACCUUUCCUGGUGCAAAAAUUUAUGAAAUGGUAAAGAAGAUCAACAGCAGUCUUGGCAGUUCGAUUGAGAAGCUUUUGAAAAACUACCACAUCAGAGGCUCAUUUAGUCCUUAUCAUCGCAAACGCAACUUUGCAAACCCUCGAAAUCUAGGAUUUUUCAAAAAUUCGCUAAAAAUAAUGCUGGAUGAAUGGGACACAUUUUUGCUGACUUUCCGGCGAAGCAUGGAGGACAUAUUUUUCCCGGACACUUUAGAGGAAUGGAUGGAAGAGAAUGUCAACGAACACAUAGAAAAACUUCACCAAAUGGUGGUUGACGUAGAGCGAAUCAUUAAACUUAAUGGACAGGCAAUGGCAGAGCCUGCGAAAAUGAGAUGAAAACAGACAUUCCAGAAUGCAACUCCCACUGACAUUUAAGGAAUAUCUCAGCUUAUUUACUGGAGGCAUCGCUCGAAGUGAUGUCACUGUCAGAAACGUACAGAAAAAAAUCUCAGAAUAUAAAAACAAAAAUACUACUCAGGUGGCAUCAUCACACUGUGCAUCCUUACGUAUGUUUGCCUUUAUUUGAACAAAAUAAUGACGUAAAUUAUUUACCGUAUAAAGUUGCACUGGUAUGGGCAUGAAACACUACAGUUGUUACAUUAACUUCAUAAACAUUUAUUACACAGUGAUUAAAGCUGACACCUGGUGCAUAAACUGCUUAGACCAGUCUAACAAGUUGCUCAUCUAAUUUUUUCUUUAGGACAGGUUAUAACUUUAAAGGGAUACAGUAGUUCACCCAACAAUAGAAAUUGUACAGUAGCUACACAUUGACUUACAUAUUACAGGAAAAGCAUAUACUAUGCAUUUUUUAUUUUUGGGUGAACUAUCCCUUUAAGUCAGUGAUUCUCAACCUUUUUCACUUUAAGCCCCCCACACACACGCACUCUAUUUCUACCCAAUAGAAUGAUUUAGGCAUUACGAGACCGAUUUAUGUUCAUUACAAAAAAUAACCAAAGAGUAAGAAACAUAUAGAUUUUUGGUAGUUUUAUCUUAUUUUAAUGUUUUUUGUCUUAUUUUGAAUAAUUUCAUCUUAAUUAAGGCCCCUCUUGGAAAUCUGUUGAGGCCCUCGUGGGCCCCCCGGUUGAGAAACACUGCUUUAAGCACUAACCAACUAGCAAUUGGUUGGUCAGGCUGGCUCAUACGGUCACAUGGGCAAUUUCGGGUGCGGUGACAGUUUUUUCGACACAGUUGUGGCUGUGUUUAUGCAACUUAUGCAACCUGGUUGCCAGCCUUUUGCACAUUUGGUCUAGCGAACUUACAUUUACAGUCUUCAUUACAACAUUAAGAUAUUCAACAUUCAACAACAUUGUAUGCUGGAUUUACUAUGUUUUUUUUUAAGGGGAAUAAAACAAUAAAAAACUGUUGUGGUAUUUUAUACUAUAUAAGACCUUUCAUACUAGA